GAAUGGCUGCGGCCGCGGCGUGCGGCUCCCCGCCUCCCCGCCCGCCCCGCGAGCAGCCGCCGCCGCGCAAGCGGGGCGACUCCCGGCGGCGGCAGGCCGCCCUCUUCUUCCUCAACAACAUCUCCCUGGACGGGCGGCCGCCCUGCCCGCCCGCCGAGAAGCCGCCGCUGCCCGCCGGCCCGGGCGACGGGGAGGAGGCGGCGGCGGAGCCGGCCGGAGCCCCCCCGCGGCUGCUGCCCCCGCCGCCCGUAUGCCAGCCGCCUCCCGCCCUGCUGCUGCCCGGCGUGCCCGCGCUCGCCGCCGCCGGAGCCAAGGGGGAUGCGGACCCCGCCCGCGGGGGCAUCUUCCUGCCGCAGCUGCUGCUGGGCGGCCCGCUGUGCCCGCCGGCGCCGCCCGCCCUGCCGGGGAUGCUGGCGGCGCCCAAGCCGGGCGCCCCGGGGCUGCUGAGCCCCACGCAGAGCGCGGCGGGCGGCGGCUUCGCGCUGGAGGCGCAGCGGCAGAGAAGGCGUUUUAUCUCCCAGCGCUGCUCUCUAGACUUUUUAGAAGACAUAGUGGAAUAUGCCAGUGUACGAAGAACCAAGCAUAUAUCUGGGUCUCCAAGACACAAAAGUUUGAAGAAGAUGCACUUCAUCAAGAACAUGAGGCAGUAUGACACCAAGAACAGCAGGAUCGUGUUAAUCUGUGCUAAACGAACACUGUGUGUGGCGUUUUCUGUCCUCCCUUACGGGGAGGGAUUACGGAUCAGUGAUCUGAAAAUGGAAGGACAGAAACAGCGACAUCCUUCUGGGGGAGUUUCAGUAUCUACUGAGAUGGUGCUUGGACUGGAAGGAGUAGAGCUGGGUGCUGAUGGCAAGGUUGUGUCCUAUGCAAAAUUCCUGUACCCGACCAAUGCUCUGGUUGUUCGCAAAGCCGACGCCUACGGUGCUGUUCCCCCCUGCCGAGCCAGUGCCCCCCGGAGUCUUCCUGGGUCAAGAUACAAACCAGUGACAGCAAAAACCAUACCAGCAGGGACAGACAUUGGAAGUGAAGCUGGAGAAGCUGCAGAGUAUGAUCCAGAUCUUCUGGAUGAUCCUCAGUGGCCCUGUGGGAAACAUAAACGUGUUCUCAUCUUUGCCUCUUACAUGACUACAGUCAUAGAGUAUGUGAAACCCUCAGACCUUAAAAAGGAUAUGAAUGAAACCUUUAGAGAGAAGUUUCCUCAUAUCAAGUUGACACUGAGCAAAAUUAGGAGUUUAAAGAGAGAGAUGAGAAACCUGAGUGAGGAGUGCAGUCUGGAGCCAGUGACUGUCUCCAUGGCUUAUGUUUACUUUGAGAAGCUCGUCCUCCAAGGCAAACUCAACAAACAGAACCGCAAACUGUGUGCUGGUGCUUGUGUUCUGCUCGCAGCCAAGAUCAGCAGUGACCUCAGGAAACACGAAGUCAAACACCUAAUAGAUAAACUAGAGGAGAGAUUCAGAUUCAACAGAAGGGAUCUCAUCGGUUUCGAAUUCACCGUCCUCGUAGCUUUGGAACUGGCUCUGUACCUGCCUGAAAACCAAGUUUUACCUCACUACAGACGGCUCACACAACAGUCCUAACCAAAGCUCCAUCCCAGGCGGCCCAGCCGUGCUGGGAUCCCACCCCAGGAUGCUGCUGGUGGAGGUGCCACUGGCUCCAGCUUGAUGGGAAGGCUGCAGGGUGUUGGGAACUGUCGAGGUCUGUGGACGCAGAUGCCAAAUCUGGGGGAUGGUACGAGAAGAGUUACUGAACUUUUGUUUUCUUUUGGACAUUUGAAGCACAAAUAUUCACUAGUCAGCUGUCAUGGCUGCUUAUUAUUCCUUAUUUAUCUUCCUGGUUUUCCUAAAACUGUUCUUCCCUAUGAAGAAUACUAUGGUAUUGGUUCUUUUUCUUUUGUUUUGUUUAAGCCUUUAUUGUAUUCCUUGAAACUGAAGGAACAUCACUUCCAUUCCAGUGCACCAUAAAGUUCAGAUGUUUCUAAGAAUCUUCUUACAUUUUUACAUUAAUAAAAUGCAUAUUUUAUUUUUUUAAAGAUGUGCCUAAAACUGGCUGGUCUGGUACCAGUGCUUUUUAAGUUAGUUCUGUUAUUUAGUGGGGAAUCCUGAAUUUGUAUAGCCAUUUAUUCUUUACCUGCAUUGGCCUUGCAUACAAGGAAAACAAUUCCAGUAUAUCUGCACUAAGAAUAUACAGGGCAUCUAUUCUAUGAUCUAUAAGUAGUGAGAUUGAGAUUACUCCAUUUUGGUUUAUUUACUAUAAAUAACUUCAAAAUAUACAUUUUAUUUUAGAAGGAAAAGUGGUUUGAAAACCUGUCAUGAAGUACCAUACAUUGAGUGAGGUAGCUGGGAAGUGAUUGCCAUCCUAAUUCACUCUUGAGUGGAAGAUGAGCACUUGACUAAGAGCAAUUUGCUGUCAAAUAUUUCAUUUAGGGGUUUUAUUUGUUUCACUAUUCCGUAGCCUGAAAUAAGCACCUUUUUUAGGAUGACUGUAUUAUAGAUGGUCUUAUCUGAGCAAAUAUGAAGCCAGUAGAGUGACUGCUGCCAGCUGAAGCCAAUGAAACAAAGCAUGCUCGGUAUUUAAAAUGCUACUUUUUUUACUCUCUGUUCUUCCAAGCAUUGCAUCACUGUGAUGGUCCUCAUAAAACUGGCAUUUCUUGCACAUCUGAGCAGCCACUGUUGGCUGGUGCCCAGCAGCUCUCCAGUGCAAACACAGAGCUCAAAUAACUUCUCUGCCCAUUGGCUGUUCCUUCCUUUAUUUCUACAGUAUUCAGGUCGGGAAUGAAUUCUUGGUUAUACGUGGAACCUUCUGUGGUAUUGGCUCUUGGGUUUAUUUUUUGAAGCAAUAUUAUGAUACAAGUUACUGGGUCUGUUUGCAAGGAACCAGAGUGAUACUUGGUUAUUCCAACUGAGAAAGCUGUAAUUUAAGUUUGACUCAUAAACUACCAGACCUCAUGCUGAGGUCAGAGACUUGUUAUCCAAUAUGUAAAGUAAUGUAAAUUCCUGUUACUUGUAUUAAAUAUUGGUUGUAGCCAAAACCAAAGCUGAAUCUUUGCUCUUCAGCUGUGUUUUGUCUGAAGCUAAUUUGGCUUCAUUAGAAUUGCAGCAAACUUUACUGGAGCCCCUUCCUGUCUGAGUGGGGCUCAAAGUGUAUUUUUCAUAUAUAAUAAUUACAGUGACUAUCAAACCUUUUGUAACUGUGUUCAGCUGUAUGUAGCUUCAAAUUACUUGUGUAAAAUUUAAUAUGCUUGUGAUUUCUCUAACACAGAAGGACUUUCCAGUCUCCAGAAGUGAGAUGGUAGCUAAUAGCUUAGACAAUAAGCUUGCCAGUUAUAUCUUCCAAAGGUUUAAAAAACUGCCUACUAGUUAAACUUUCUACUGAAUAUAACUGUCCUUGCAUGCUGAAAUAGUGAUGUACUAAACAUCUAGUGUGUAAUGAGCCUCCAAAUUAACAAACAGUGAUGCAGACAGCUGAGGUGGUCCACCACUUCCCAAGACAUUGUGGAGUGAACAGAGGUACAAGAAAUUUCUCCCAGAACAGCUUGAUUAGUAUGAGUGAAAUCUGAAUGCAUCUUUCUCUGGAAACUUCUUUAUUUAGGUAUAAAGAGUUUUCUGUAACAACAUUUAACUUUCCUUUCUCACCAUCUAAGGGAACAAAAUGCACUUUGGUUUGCAACACUUUGCAGUUUAUUCAGUGGAAGUUUGUCUAGUUCAAGUGGCCAUUUGGGCUGUAAUUACACUCCCAGAAUCUCUGAGUUUACGUCAUAAAACCGGCAAGCUUUUGUUUUCUUCCAGGAGAACAAACUGGGACAAAGGAGCAUUAAAUUACAGAAGGCUGAAUGUUGUCUAAUAGUUAUUCUAGAAGUUGGCUUGGGCACACACUUGGGAAGCUGCAGGGAGCACAGGCCAAGGAAUGGCACAGGGCACGAGGGCUGUGCCAGCCUUGUCUGGCAGAGCCUGGAACUGGGGUGAUGCUGCCCAGAGCCUGGAGCUUGUGCAGGGGUGCCUCGUGUGUGUGUGUGUGUGUGUGUGUGUGUGUGUGUGUGUGUGUGUGCAGGAACAGCCCUGCUGCAGGGACCCAGCCCCACCUCCCUGUGCUUUUCCUGCCGGUUUUGCUGUUUCCAGAGCACAGCUCGCAGUCCUGGUGGGAAUCUCUCUCUUUUCACCUAAAAGCUGCCACCAUGUGGCAAAGGACUAUCAGUACCUUGUCUGUUCACAAACAGCACGGGACCCAAAGCCACACCCAGACCUGCCAGUUUAUGUUUGCACAGCCAAACUCCUCUUGCUCUGCAGAGAAACAGGUUUACACCGAGGGGGGGUCUGGUGCUGUGUGAAGGUGCUGCUGGGGUGGCUCAGCAAGGAGAACUCUCUUGAGAAGAGCCUGUACAUUUCCCUGUAAACAAAAACUCUUCUAGUUUUGUCAUAUUCCAUUAUUUAAAAGUCUGAGUUGUGGCCUGUUUUAAUUGGUUCGUUUGUUUGUUUUCUGUGAAAUUAAGAUGCUGUGAAAUAAAACCUGUUUUGGUACA